AGUAGAUGUUGAACCGAUUACUAUUCUACCUAGUACUAGGUAUGAAGAGGAUGGUGUAAGGUGAGCAUGGCCUUUUUAAUCAUAUGGAUGGCUUACCUAGUAGCUAUCUUUCAUUUGUCACCUUGUCUUCAUUGUUAAGCAAGUAGAGAUACCAACCUAGUAUGUAUUAUUUCAUUUCAACGUACAAAAACCCAUCCGAUGGCUUUCUUACAGUCAGUUUUGUCCAAAUCUCGGGCACAAGUGAGUCGACAGCGUAGAAAUAUUGGUUCCUGGUCUGCAAUUCCAGGUCCGGCAAGCAACGUAAUUAACGCAAGCAACGCAAACAUUUUCGAAAGGGAUGUAUGCUCAGACGCCUUCGGUUCCUCCAGGUCCAAUUCAAUAUGUAGUCCUAGUAACACUCUCUGUUGCGUACAAAAAGGAGAGGUGUUCCCAUCAUGUCAACAAGAGUUGGGGAUAGGGUGGUGUUGUGUGGGAAACGGCACCAACCAGGACUGCUACGUCGACCAACCUUCCGUAUGUGGCUCGGAAAACUCUGUAGCUUGUGUCAACCUUGCACCGAACACGACGAGCGCGUGCUGUCCUAGACUAACCAGGUGUUCUGCUGGAUACCAAGCCGCCGAGGGCAAUGUACGAUGCGAAAUCGGCUAUGCCGACUUGAUGCAGCUUGCUGCCACGGCCUCUCAGACAAAUGCAUUUUCUACGGACAUCUCGUCUACCACCUCCAGCAUUUCUACUACGUCGACAAGCAGCAGUAGUCCCGUUCCAACACAGAGCAAUAGUCAAGAGCGACAACAAUCCCAGUCUUCGAUAUCUUCGGGAGCAACUGCUGGAAUAGCAGUCGGCGCAGCGGGCUUUAUUAUAUUGGUUAUUCUAGCAUUCUACUUUCUGCAUCGCAGGAGGAAGGCCAAGAUGGAUGAGACGAAUAACAUCAGCAACAACAUCAACAACACCAACGACAACUACGACUACAACAAUAGCAGCAACGUCUAUAUGAACGAUAACAGCGAGUACUCCUCACGCUUUUGGCAAUAUAAUACCGACACCCAAGGUUCCAGAAACCCAUCAGAACUUGCUUCGAUAGGACCGCCAAAGGAGCUUCCUCACAACCAACCCUUGGGGGAAUUACCUGGAUAACCCACCAGGCAUAAGAACUCGGAAUGUAAUAUAGAAUUCGGGAAUAGGCGUCGUCAUGAAGGUAUUCUUUGUAUGGAUAGGUAUAGAUAUGCGGGAUAGUGGGAUGCUCUAGGCUAUCUAUGUAGAAGGGGACAUUGAAUUGUAGAAGAUAAUAGUGAAGAUCUAGCGGAGCUUGUAGCUUUAGCUUUAAGGGUUCUAGGGGCUACACAUUUUUGUAUAUGCCAAUUAGCUCGACAGGUUGAUAUAGAAAGAUUCAUACCAGAUAAAUAAUUCUCGCAAUCUAGCGUCGCAUGGUUCUUUAAC